AUGGCCCUCCAUCAUCUCAAGCCAGAGGGGUUAUCUGGGACAAAACUUGUUGGUGUUUGUCUCUGCUUAAUAUUGAAGUCAAACACAGCUAAAAACCCCACUCCCAAGCUGGUUACUAAUGUCAAGGUUUCAAUCCUUCUGUUCAUGAAACACACGCAGUUUGAAGACAUUCUGGAGUGGAAAGAGGAGAUUCAUCAUGGUGGAAAUGGGCCUAGUCAUGACCACACUUUAACAUUGUCUGCUUUUGCUACGCAUCUGGUAGUGGCAUACUCUGCAGCUCAAGCUGGGGCAGCAGCAACAGCACCACACCCAAUUAAUCCAGUAUUAUCCACAUCAUCAGUAGUUCCGCAAUCUGUUCACCCAUUCCAGCCUCCAGACAAGCUAGCCAUUGAAAAUGCGGUGGCUGCCCAGCGUUAUAUUAGCAAGAAUGCCCGUGCAAUGUUGCAAUUUGAGGCCACAUCUUAUGAUGUCGUGCCAGUACCCUCUACUUCAUUUAAUGCAGUCAUCAAGAAUGAUUUCCCAUUCAUUCCAGAUACCAGAGCUAGUAGCACCAUUGUGCUAGCAGUCAUCCCUGAUAGGAAUAGCAUGGUUGGAUUUCUGGGGGCCUUCAAAACAUGUUAUCCAGCCACUGUUAGGUCUAUCAUUCACUCUGCUGCUGACAUGUUGGUUCUGGAGCUGAAGAAUGCUGUGGCAAAGUGUAUCUACUUCAAAGAAGGGCUUGGAAGCAACAGAGCUACAUCUGGGGCAUCAAAGCAAAAGCAGUAUGGGUUAGCUGACAAGCUACACUACACUGCUAUUGAGGCAAACAUCGUCUACUGGGGAAAUGGGCUUAUCAACCUUGCGUAUCACUUCAUUGACAGUCAUCCAGCUACCAAGACUUCUCCCAUCUCCGAAUCUCUGCCUUGCCUCCUCUACCUCUUAGAAGAGCGGAUUGAUCAUCAGUUCAUCAAGUACAUCAACAAUGAUAGUGUUACACCAUGCAAAGGCUUGAGCAAGGAGGAGGAGGAGAUUGCCAAUUUCCUGUGUUUUGUUCAACAUGUCCAGUACCAAACAAUGCACAGAGUUGCUUUCUUGUCUGAUUUCCAAGGUGGAGGUAAUCUCCUGACCAACCCUCAGAUUAUCACUCGCUUACUGACUCGGACAUUUGCUGACCAGUCACAAGUAGGGAACAUAUCCAAAGUUUUGGCAAGGGUAAUCUACCAAAAACAAUGUCAACAUUUCCUAUUCAUCAUGUCUGCAACUACUUUUGCGAGACUUAUGGGCUGA